UGUGUCUCCUUUCUAGGAAACAUGAUUUCUGAAAGCAGCUUCUUCAUGAAGGGUGUCGUGUUAGGAGAGGCCUUCUGCAUGUUGGCUAUGCCCCUUCUACAUGUUAAGGUGGGCCACAGCACUAAAGCACAUCACCAUGAGCAUCAUCACAUCCAGGCUCCCAGCAAAGAAGAUGUCUUAAACGUUUCGGAAGCUGAGCGUGUGGAGCUUAGUAAAAGUAUCCACAUUUAUUGUAUCAUCCUUGUGAAACCCAAAGAUCUGGGGCACGGGGCUGCAGUGAAAGAGACAUGGAGCAAGCACUGUGACAGGGCAGAGUUCUACAGCUCUAAUAACGUCAAAGCAUUUGAUUCUGUAGCUCUCAACACAAAUGAUAUUUGGGUGAUGUUGAGAAAAGCUUACAAGAUGACACAUGAACUCUAUAAAGAUGAAUUCAACUGAUUCUUCCUUGCAUAUCCAACAACAUUUGCUAUUAUUGAAAAUCUCAAGUAUUUCCUACUGCGGAGAGACCCCUUGCAGCCUUUUUAUAUAGGCCAUACUGUGAAACCUGGUGACCUUGAGUACGUAGAUGGUGGGGGAGGAAUUGUCUUAAGCAUUGAAUCACUAAGACGCCUGUCCCAUGUUCUUGAAGACUCUGACAAGUGUCCGGAGCAGGGAGGUUUGAUUUGGAAACUUGCUGAGGAUAAACAGCUACCAAUCUGCCUGAAGUAUACUGGAGUGUUUGCCGAAAACAUGGAAGAUUCAGAAGGAAAAGAUGUCUUUAACACUAAAUCACUCGGUGUUCUCAUUAAAGAAGCGAUGUCUACAUCUACACCUGAGCAGUUAGUGGAUGGUUGCUGCUCUGACAUGUUCAGUGGACUGGCCCCAAACCACAUGCAUGUGAUGAUGUAUGGUGUCUACAGGCUGAGACCCUAUGGCCACACAUACAAUGAUGCACUCGUCUUCCUUCCACCUGAAGGCUCAAACGACUGA